UUGUCAGUACUCACUGGUCACUAUUAUUUGUCAGUCAUCCACAAGAUAUCACAUCUUUUUUCUCUGAGCAUAGGGCCAUGGUUUCGAUCGCUUGUACCUCGCCAAAUCUCUGCUUGCUCUUCACAUUAAUCUCCCUCCUCAUCUCCGUCGAUUGCCGUUACCCGGCGGUUUUCAAUUUCGGCGACUCGAAUUCCGACACCGGCAACCUCGUGGCCGGGAUAGGCCUACCCCUUUCCCUGCCAAAUGGCCAGACGUACUUCAAUAGAUCUUCCGGCAGGUUCUGCGAUGGCCGGCUGAUCAUCGAUUUUCUAAUGGAUGCUAUGGAGUUGCCGUUCUUGAACGCGUAUUUGGAUUCAAUAGGACCGCCGAUUUUCCGGCGAGGCUGCAAUUUUGCAGCCGCAGGGGCUACUGUGCUCAAGCCGCCUGCGCGGUCCAUUUGCCCAUUUUCAUUGAGGAUUCAGGUGGCCCAGUUCGUAAGGUUCAAGGCAAAAGUUGAAGAAAUCCGAACCCAGUCAAGCAAGAAUAAAGAGUAUAUUCCAGCUCAAGAUUAUUUUGAGAAGGCACUCUACAUGUUCGACAUAGCCCAGAACGACUUAAACGUCCCUUUUUACUACAACAAAACAUUCGAUCAAGUUGUUGCCUCGAUUCCAACAAUUCUGUUAGAAUUCAAAAACGGCAUCAAGAAAGUAUACAAUCAAGGGGGGAGAAAUUUCUGGAUCCACAACACGGGCCCUUUAGGCUGCUUGCCCAUGAACAUUGCUGGAUUCGGAAAUAAAAAGCCGUUUAAGCUGGAUAAGCUCGGAUGUGUCAGCGAUCUCAAUCGAGCCGCGAGGAUUUUCAACCUGAACCUUCUCAACCUCACCAAGAAAUUGCAAGUCCAGUAUCCGGAAGCAAAUAUCACCCACGUCGAUAUUUUUUCCAUCAAGUUGGACCUCAUAGCAAAGUACUCUCUAUACGGAUUUAAGCAGCCACGAAUGGCCUGCUGCGGAUAUGGAGGUCCGCCAUUUAAUGUUGACUGGCGGAUCAGCUGUGGAGAGACAGCUGUCGUGAACGGGAGUUUGGUCAAGGCCGGAAGUUGUGAUGACAGCAGAGAGUAUGUAAGUUGGGAUGGGGUUCAUUACACGGAGGCUGCCAAUCGGCACGUUGCAUCACAGAUUCUGACAGGAAAAUACUAUUUGGAUUUGGAUCCUCCUUCAAUGUACAAGAUAAAUGCCUUGGCCAUGGUUUCGAUCGCUUGUACCUCGCCAAGUCUCUGCUUGCUCUUCACAUUAAUCUCCCUCCUCAUCUCCAUCGAUUGCCGUUACCCGGCGGUUUUCAAUUUCGGCGAUUCGAAUUCCGACACCGGCAACCUCGUGGCCGGGAUAGGCCAAACCCUUUCCCUGCCAAAUGGCCAAACGUACUUCAAUAGAUCUUCCGGCAGGUUCUGCGACGGCCGGCUGAUCAUCGAUUUUCUAAUGGAUGCUAUGGAGUUGCCGUUUUUGAACGCGUAUUUGGAUUCAAUAGGGGCGCCGGUUUUCCGGCGAGGGUGCAAUUUUGCGGCCGCAGGGGCUACUGUGCUCAAGCCGCCCGCACGGUCCCGUUGCCCGUUUUCGUUGAAGAUCCAGGUGGCCCAAUUCGUAAGGUUCAAGGCAAAAGUUGAAGAAAUACAAACUGAGUCAAGCAAGUAUGAAGAGUAUAUUCCAGCUCCAGAUUAUUUUGAAAAGGCGCUCUACAUGUUCGACAUAGCCCAGAACGACUUAAACAUCCCCUUUAUGGAUGGCAAAACAUCCGAUCAAGUUGUUGACUCGAUUCCAACAAUUCUGUUAGAAUUCGAAAAUGGAAUCAAGGAAGUAUACAAUCAAGGGGGGAGAAAUUUCUGGAUCCACAACACUGGACCUUUAGGCUGCUUGCCCAUGAACAUUGCUGGAUUCGGAAAUGAAGAGCCGUUUAAGCUGGAUGAUCUCAGAUGUGUCGAUGAUCUCAACCGAGUUGCGAGGAUUUUCAACCUGAACCUUCUCGACCUCACCAAGAAAUUGCAAGGCCAAUACCCGGAUGCAAAUAUCACCCUUGUCGAUAUUUUCUCCAUCAAGUUGGACCUCAUAGCAAACUACUCUCUACACGGAUUUAAGCAGCCACGAAUGGCCUGCUGCGGUUAUGGAGGUCCGCCCUUUAAUUAUGACCAGCGGGUCAGUUGUGGAGAGACAGCUGUCGUGGACGGAAGUUUGGUCGUGGCCGGAGGUUGUGAUGACAACAGAGAGUAUGUAAGUUGGGAUGGUGUUCAUUACACGGAGGCUGCCAAUAAGCACGUUGCAUCACAGAUUCUGACAGGAAAAUACUAUUUCGAUUUGGAUCCUCCUCCUCUGUACAAAAUGCAUGCCUUGUCCUGAAAGAGCGCGCUUUUCUUGUAGGCGAAUCUGUCUUUGUACGAUAAAAACAUCAUUACUCAACCAUCUUAUGAUUUGAAUGACGGUUAUGUUUGGAAUAUGAUUUGACUGUCUUUGAAGCUGUGAUUCAGGUUUGCAAGCUUUCAAAUUGUGUUGGAGUAAGUGUCGACCGAGUUUGGGAAUCACUUGUUCUGAAUUGACAAAUUAUAAAUCUUUCUUCUGAUAAGAUGCAAAAGUUGUCAAUUAAUUUUCCUACUCGACUUGAAUUUCGCCACUCAUAAUUGUUUGGAAAUUUCAUCUCGUUUUAGGAUUACUUACCAGAAGUAGGAAUACGAGGACAUCAUUCGUUUCAGCAUUUAUUUACCAGCAGUGAUAAUACGACAACAUUCAAGAGGCGGGUUGUCAAAUUUUCACGUACAUUUUGAGAACUUGUGAAGUUGAAAUAUAUGUGGUAAAAUGAAUUAAAUAACAAAUUUGUCAUUCG